AUGGCCCACGUACCUACGCUCGACCUUGUCUCUCAAAGUGAUAACGAGGUUCGCGGAGACCCACAUCUUAGCACCCUACUUGACGCAUUCUGCUUGAAGAACGGGCUCGUCGUAAUUGCUGGGUCAGGAAUAUCCACUUCAGCUGGAAUCCCAACGUUUCGUACUAAGGAUGGCCUGUUUGUCCAGCUGAAGCAGACAUACAGGCUGAAAUGCUCUGGAGAAGACCUCUUUAGUGCCGAUGUAUUCAAAUUCCCCGACAGAGCCGCAGCGUUUCUUGACAUGAUCCGACAAUUAUAUGGCCAAUGCAAAGAGGCUGAACCUACGCCCUUUCACUUGCUAUUACAGUCAAUAGCAAGAGAAGGAAGACUUCUACGGCUAUAUACGCAAAAUAUCGAUGGCUUAGACACGCGGCUGAAGGAGCUCAGCACCACUGUCCCCUUGACAGCCACCAACAACGCAUGGCCACUGACCAUUCAGCUACAUGGCAGUGUGGAGUUCAUGCAGUGCGAGAAGUGUACCAGUGUGGUCUCACUGUCCCCAUGGGCCCAUGGUGAAGAUGAUCUUCCAAAUUGCACAGGUGAUUGUGCACAGGAUCGACGUCGACACGACAUGCGGAUACAACUACGGCCCGCCGUCCCUGGUCGCCUACGACCAAGAAUAUCGCUAUACAACGAAGAGCCAUAUGACUCUCAAGCGAUUAGCCGAGUCAUCGACCAUGACACGAAUAUCUUAUCACCCGGUCCUGUGAUCGUCGUUGGUACGACACUGAAAGUCCCUGGCGCUUGCCAACUUGUCCGCAAUCUCGCCAAGAAGGCCAAGGCAAACGGUUCACCCGUGAUCUGGAUCGCGCCCGAUCGUCCGUCGAGUAAUUUGAAGGGCCUAUUCACGCUUAUAGUCCUUGCGCAAGCAGACACGAUUGCUGCAAAAGUCCUGGCCAGAACUGCUAAGACCGCAUGGGAUAUACAUAGUCUCCUCGAUUGGCGUCAAAACCCAGACGACCUAGAAAGGAUGCAGAUACUUGUGCGAUGGCCACCGGUUGGCGGAGAGGAAUACGCACCGUCAUAUGCAGAAGAAGAUGCCAUACAGGAGGGCAGCCCGGAGCUCUUGUACCAGUUCUGGUCGGACAGGGGCGGACGCACCGAGGCCAUUAUACAAAAGUACCCCUCCCUCAACGGCCGCUUGAUGUUCCACGUGUUCAAGAUACGAGAUCAAAUUCAAUCUCGGUAUCAAGUACAGUGGGUGGGAUAUAGUGAUCAGGAAAUGACAUGGGAGAGCGCAGAGUACAUGCACCAAGUUGCUCCUGAGUGUGUUCUGGCUUACCAAGAAAAGCGCAAUAUAUAG